AUGCCCAAGCUAAUCGGUUCAUCGCAAGUGGUAGUCCAAAUCGAUGGUCUCACCAUUGACGAGCUCGCUGGAAAUGUCGCCACCCAAGAUGAUACCAUUUCCAUUGCCUACGUGACCGUUUCCGAACCGACCGCAGAACCAUGGCUGACGUUGGAUUAUGAUGAAUGGCUCUGCGUUCGCAAGGGAAAGAUGGUCUUGCAUUAUGGAGACGGAGAAACUAUGGAGGUCAAUGCUGGCGAUACCUGCUUUGUUGCCAAGGGAGAACGAUUUCGUCCCGUCUUUCCAGUGGCACCCACCGAGUACGUCCCCGUCUGCCUUCCAGCCUUUCGUCCCGAUCGCUGUCACCGAGAAGAAGGUGACGAGCCAAGUGACGUUACCAGUAAGCUUUUGAAGCUACACAAAAUGGAUGGCGACGAGAAAAAGGAGGAGCCGGAAGUCAUGGGAUGCCUCGUCGGCGAAGGACAAACUCGAGAUCCAGAUAUUUUGUAUCACAUGUGCGAGAAGCCUCGUUGGGAAGAAGCCGUGAAAUCUCAAAAGGCAUACUUUCCUCCCACUUUUGAGCAAGAUGGAUUUUUCACUCAUGCUACUGCGGUUCCACAAAGACUGAUUGAUACUGCCAACCACUUUUAUCAAUCGUCCAAAGCGGAAUGGAUUUGUCUGCAAGUGAGCCGAUCUGCGUUGACCAGCGUUGGGAUCAUUACAAAGGACGAAGAUGGUCUGCCCGUAGGUGAUGCUGGUGUUCCAGAUCAAAUCAAGCAGAACCGAUGGAUCUGCCCCCACAUCUAUGGUGGAAUCCCAACGAUCGAAAGCUUGGGGAUUUUGACCAAGAUUCACCCCAUGGUUCGCGAUGAAAAGGGAGCAUUUUUGAAUAUCACUGGCCUCACCGAUAACUAA